ACGUCUCUACCUGUUCGACCGAUUGUCUUCGGCCACCUCUACUUCUCUUCCUCUCGUGUCUUCGGCCACCUCUGCUUUACGGCUCACCCCAUAGUAUAGACCUAUACCGUACUCCUCCUCCUCGCCUGGGCUGGCCGUGCGCCUGCCUGUCCUGUCCAUCACUAGCCCCGGCCGUUUCCUUUCCAGAAACCAAGCUGCAGCAACCUCUAGCUCUUGUAGGCACGCAUGGGCAUGGGCAUGGGCGUCGUCAGGUGCCUCAAGAUUCUUGCCCUGCUCUCUCUCGUCCCACUGGCGCUCAGAGCCGGCUCCCUCCUCGGCCACGUCGCCGCGCCGGUGCCGCUGUCAUCCCAAUUUGCUGCUCUCACCGGCGCGAGCGUCCCCCGUUCGGCGCGCACGGAGGCGGGGUAUCACGAGGCCCGCCGGAGGAAGGCGUCGGAGGGUGCAGGUGCAGCUCUGCCCGCCGGCCUAAACACGGCGAGGUUCCGGCCAGGCGGCGGCAACGGCGCGUUCAGCGACGACAAGCGGAUGGCGCCAUCCGGUUCCAACCCGCUGCACAACUUGCGAUAGUUCGUCGUCCAUAAAUACAGCACGACGAGGUUUGACCUUCUGUUGUUAUAGAUGCCCUGGCUCUCCUCUGCUAGCUCUGUUCUGAAUCCCUUCUUCAUCGUCUCCCUCUCUUCACACAUUGUGUAUUCCAAGCGAUAUAUACAUACGUAUUACCUA